AGGCCAGACACUGAAGCUCGUGGGAGGAACUCAGGAUAUGCAGGACCAAUAGGAUAGGCGGGGCGGGGCGACGGUGGUGGCGGUGGCGGCAGUGGGUUCGGUUGCGCGUGGCGCACGGGGUGGGAGCCGAGGCCAGGCCGGGAGCAGGCGCUGCCGCCAGCGACCAUGGGGAACGUGUUGGCCGCUAGCUCGCCGCCCGCUGGGCCGCCGCCGCCGCCUGCGCCCGCCCUCGUGGGACUGCCACCGCCUCCGCCCUCUCCUCCCGGCUUCACGCUGCCGCCUCUGGGAGGCGGCCUGGGCGCUGGGGCUGGUGCGGGUCGAGGUCCGGAACGGACCCCCGGGACUGCGUCCGCCAGCGCUGCAGGGACCGCGGACGAUGGGGCCUGCGGCUGCCUGCCCAACCCGGGCACGUUCGAGGAGUGCCACCGGAAGUGCAAGGAGCUGUUUCCUAUUCAGAUGGAAGGUGUCAAGCUCACAGUCAACAAAGGGUUGAGUAACCAUUUCCAGGUGAACCAUACAGUAGCCCUCAGCACAAUCGGAGAGUCCAACUACCACUUCGGGGUCACGUAUGUGGGGACAAAACAGCUGAGUCCAACAGAGGCAUUCCCCGUGCUGGUGGGCGACAUGGACAAUAGUGGCAGCCUCAAUGCUCAGGUCAUUCACCAGCUAGGCCCUGGCCUCAGGUCCAAGAUGGCCAUCCAGACCCAGCAGUCGAAGUUUGUGAACUGGCAGGUAGACGGGGAGUACCGGGGUUCUGACUUCACAGCAGCCGUCACCCUGGGGAACCCAGAUGUCCUGGUGGGUUCAGGAAUCCUCGUGGCCCACUACCUCCAGAGUAUCACGCCAUGUCUGGCCCUGGGCGGAGAGCUGGUCUAUCAUCGGCGGCCCGGGGAAGAGGGCACUGUCAUGUCUCUAGCUGGGAAAUACACAUUGAACAACUGGUUGGCGACAGUAACCUUGGGUCAGGCAGGCAUGCACGCAACAUACUACCACAAAGCCAGUAACCAGCUGCAGGUGGGCGUGGAGUUUGAAGCCAGCACACGGAUGCAGGACACAAGUGUCUCCUUUGGGUACCAGCUGGACCUGCCCAAGGCCAACCUCCUCUUCAAAGGCUCUGUGGACAGCAACUGGAUCGUGGGCGCCACGCUGGAGAAGAAGCUCCCACCCCUGCCCCUGACACUGGCCCUAGGGGCCUUCCUGAAUCACCGAAAGAACAAGUUCCAGUGUGGCUUUGGCCUCACCAUCGGCUGAGCUGCUUCUGACCCUCAUCUCCCGCGCCCUUCCUCCUCCAGAUCCCACCUCCCCCUCCCUCCCCUCCCUCCCGGGGGUCGGGGGGCCACGGAAAUGAGGGGACCCAUCACCCCAGCAGCUGAGGGGGGAUUCUGGAACCAUGGGCGCUUCAGGAUUCGGAGCACGAAGGGGCCUGGGGGCCUGGAAGGGGUUCCAGGAAUGAGGGGCACGCCGGAUUCUGAGCACCAGGGGCAGAGGCAGCCAGACAACCUCAGGGAGGUGUUGGGGAUCCCCGCUCCCUAAAGGGCCCUGGGCCCCAUCCCGGGCCCCAAGGGGGCAGCAAGAAGAGGAGCUUUCCCAUCCCCAGUCUGCCCCCACCCACUUUCCCAUCCAUCCCUCGGUAUAAAUCAUGUUUAUAAGUUAUGGAAGAACUGGGACAUUUUACAGAAAAAAAAAAAAAGAACAACAACAACAAAAAAAUAUACAUG